GUCACCCCCAGCGCACCACCCCGGGACCCCUGCGCAGGGCGGGGAGGUUGCUUCUCACGCGGGGGGAGUGGAGGCGCGUUGCCCCCGCCCCGGGGGACCAGGUCCCUGACUGUCACUCCCACCGGCAGUAAGAGCUACGGCAACGUGCUGGUGUUGGACGGGGUCAUCCAGUGCACGGAGCGGGACGAGUUCUCCUACCAGGAGAUGAUAGCCAACCUGCCGCUCUGCAGCCACCCCAACCCACGCAAGGUGCUGAUCAUCGGGGGUGGGGACGGGGGUGUCCUGCGGGAGGUGGUGAAGCAUUCCUCCGUGGAGUCCGUGGUCCAGUGCGAGAUUGACGAGGAUGUCAUUCAGGUCUCUAAGAAGUUCCUGCCGAGCAUGGCCAUUGGCUACUCCAGCUCAAAGCUCACCCUCCACGUGGGCGACGGCUUUGAGUUCAUGAAACAGAACCAGGACGCCUUCGACGUUAUCAUCACCGACUCCUCAGACCCCAUGGGCCCAGCCGAGAGCCUCUUCAAGGAGUCCUAUUACCAGCUCAUGAAGACGGCCCUCAAGGAGGACGGGAUCCUCUGCUGCCAGGGCGAGUGCCAGUGGCUGCACCUGGACCUCAUCAAGGACAUGCAGCACUUCUGCCGGUCGCUCUUCCCCGUGGUGCGCUACGCCUACUGCACCAUCCCCACCUACCCCAGCGGCCAGAUCGGCUUCAUGCUGUGCAGCAAGAACCCAAGCACCAACUUCCAGGAGCCGGUGCGGCCGCUGACGCAGAAGCAGGUGGAACAGAUGCAGCUGAGAUACUACAACUCCGACGUGCACCGGGCGGCCUUCGUCCUGCCAGAGUUUGCCCGCAAGGCCCUGAAUGAUGUGAGCUGAGUCCAGAUGCUGCUGCCGACUCGGGCCAGGUUGCCCUGGACAGGCCCCCUGCCGGCACCCCAACAACCAAGUGUUACAGGCCCCGGGAUGCUGCCCGCCUGCCCCGCUGGCGGACUGUCUGUCCCUGUGGUGUUCAGCCUCCAAGCCUAUACCAGCUGUGUACAGCCCCCUCUCCGCCCUCUGUCACCCUCACUCACCAAACACAUGUAUUUAUAGCAAACUUCUGAAUCGUGUGUUCCCAGACCUUGAAUGGGCCCAGGCGGGGGCUGCAGCCGCCAUGGUUGGGGGUUUCCGUGUACCGGGCUCUGAGCUGCACCCGUUGUCUGGCCUCUCAGUGUCUGUCACGUGUCUGUGAUAGGCAGGCCUUGCCCUCCCGUGCAACCUCGGACCAGCCGCCCCUUGUCCACUGGCACCGAGGGGCACAGCAGGCAUCAAACUGCCUCCAGUCUCCCUGGGGAGCUGCCCACAUUCCCCCACCCGCCCCACAGGCCCCCCAGCGGGUGGUGACCGACCCCCAGGGCCAGGGCUGUGGGGUGACAAGAUCGAGGCGGGUUGCUCCGGGCUGUGCGUGCUCCUGGGGCUGCCCUGCCGUGAUUUUGGCGGACCCGGAGGAUUGGUAGGUCCCAGCGUGGGGUGGGUGCUGGAGGUGACUCCAGAGGGUUUGGGUGCUGUUACUUGGGCCUGUUGGGAGCACAUCGCUGCCCUGACUUGGCUCAGGAUUCAGACGUGGGUUCCAACCCUGCCUGCCCCGCCCCUGGGUGCCCUCUGGGAAAUUCCUAGAAGCUCCCCCAAGUGUUGAGAGGUUGAGAAAGCAGGUGUGAGUGGCCGCUGGGGCCCGUGCCCUCUCCAUGGUGCUGAACGCCCGCCCAGCCUGUUCCCCAGGCGCCUCACCCCUCCUGCAGGCCCCGACUGAGACUGGUGUUGGGAGAGGAGCCACCACAACAGGGUGCGGAUGGGGGGAGAGGGCCUGCGCCCACUCCUGUCUCAGUCACCAGUCCAGAGGCACUGCCAGAGGAUGGACUAUCCCGGGAGGCUUGGGAGCAGGGCGUGGGCCCCGCCUGGGGGUGUUGCUAGAACUCUCCCCAGCCGCACCCCCACCCGGCAGCUACCUUGGCCCCAAGCAGCAGGUUCUGGGACUGGAGUUCUCAUAGGGGUGGGGGGAGGGGAGCAAGCAUCCCGAUUCGCAGCCAACUCCUGAGCAGCCCCAGGCCAGUCACUCAUCCUCUGGGCUCCACACCUGAGGCCCCAGUUCCCAUGGACCUCACCCCCAUGGACCUCACCCCCAGGGACUCACUGGGCUCAGCACCGGAUGUGUGACCUUGGUCAGCAAGUCUGACCCCAAGCUGUUCAAAUUCCAGGACAGUCUCACCCCCUCGAAAGCCAACAGCAUGUGUGCCCCUCCGGGGAGGCCAGGUGAUGGUCGGCUCCUCUGGGCUGCAGUUCGUGCAUCAAAGGGACACGCAGUGGCUGGUUAGAGAGCUGACCCCCCGCCCCCCCCAGGUCUUAAUUCCUUUAACCUUCGCAGCCGCCUGUGAGGAGCGCACUACGAACCGCACAGGAGGACUAGGUGACCAGCUAGUAAGCGGGCUGGGGAGCACACACCAGCCUGAGGGCAGCCCAGGGAAUGAAGGUGGACAGAGGGGGCGGGGCCCGUCUCAGGGCUCCAGCUGGGCCUGUACCUCAACUCCGAUGACUUGGGUACCCCACCUGUAAGGGGAGCGGGUCCUCACCUGCUACAGGCUUCGUUAGGAAUUCUGCCUCUGUCAUUCGGUGCUCGCUGAGCUCGGAGGGGUCGCUGAGCUCGGAGAGGUCGAUGGCCUCUCAGGGCGGAGGAGGAAGGGGAGCAGGGCGUGUGGCGGAAGUGGCUGGAGCCAUUUGGGAAACUGCCCCACCUGGAAGUGGAGUCUGCGAUGCCAUCCCUCCACUCCCCCCUCUUAUUCAAGUCCCCUGACACCCACGCACCCUUGAAGGGGUUUCCGCGUCUGGGUGGGCAGGACCUCCUGAAGCAGACGGGGGGGGGUUUGGUGAGGACACGACCCGAGUCCCCUAAAGUCCCAGAAGUCAUGGAGGGGGCCGACAGGCACAGUUGGUCGCAGGGAGAUUAGCAUGAAUCCCAUCUCAAGUUUUGAAGCUUAAUUCUUUCUCAAAAUCAGCCAGGCCCCUGGUCUGAGGACUCGGUGAGCUCCGCGUGGAUCGUUAGAAGAAAGUGGCAGCCUGUGCCCACUCUCCCUGGGGGCAGCUGCUGAUCUCGGUACUUAUGCUGGGUCUACUUAACACGCUUGUAUUGCUGUCCAACCCGAGUUUCCUCAGGGACGAUGAGGACUUACCAUUUUCCUCCCCUGCUCCCCCCUCAACACACACUCGCCACAAUGACAUGAGGACCUGGGUUAGCUCAGUGUCGGUGUGACUGUCGCAGCCACAGGAAGGCCAUUGGCAGCUGAGGCGAGGAGUCAGAACCACUUUCUCUUCCCCACGGCUUCCUUGUUUUUCCUCUGGAGGUUUUUUGGGGACUUUUUCGUAUGCUUAGUUUGCAAUAAAUUUAUCAUUUGUUUAACCUCAAA